AUGGAAUUCCAAUUCGAUCUGAGCCACAUCGCCCACGAUCAGAUCAUCAAAAUCGACAACUCAUUGUUGCCAGUUGGCUACCAAAAAGACGACCCAGAAUUGCAAAGCAUGAUAUCUAAUGUUUUGGAUAAAAUGGGAGUAGCUUCAGGAAUUGCUCAAGAGUUAAAAUCUCCAAUUACUUCAGCUGAAAAACUCAUGCGUUCAGAUCAUAUUUUAUACUUGAUGACAGAACAAACAUCACCAGGAAAUUUUGUUGUGGUUGGUUUGUUAAAAAUGGGAUGGAAAAAGUUGUAUUUGUUUAAUAAAAAAGGUUCAAGAACUGAAGCAAUGGUCUACUGUUUACUUGAUUUUUACAUUCAUGAAACCCGACAACGUCAUGGAUAUGGAAUAAAACUUAUGGAUUACAUGUUAAAAGAUAAUCAAAUUGAAGCAAGACAAUUGGCUGUUGAUCAACCUACAAAUAAACUUUUACAAUUCUUAUGGAAAUAUUUUAACUUGUCCAAAUUAGUUAAUCAAGGCAACAAUUUCGUAAUUUUUGAAGACUUUUUUGAAGACCCAUCUGCAAAAGAAUCUGCUGACAAUCGCUCAACUGGAUAUAAAAGUCAACCAACAUUUGGACGUCAUGGUGCAGCUAGACAACAAGAUUGCAUGGCAAAUAUACUAUAUGGAGCUAAACCAGCAGAAAUUCAAAAUGGAAACGGACAUGUAGAUAGAGUUGAACAUCAACAACGAGAAAAUAAACAGCAUCAAGAGGAACGUCAUGUUGAAGUGCAACAUCACGUUGAAGUACAACAACAUCAUCAUGGUAUGGAUGAAGGGGAUGGUCAGAAAUCAAACCAAGCUCAUCCAAAACUAGAUAUCAAGAAUUUUCACACUCAAUUAUGGUAA